GCUCAGAGGACAGGGAGUGGCUAUUGCAGCAUCGUGCAAACUCGCACUAGCGUCAGCCACCUCUUUGGAAUAUUAGAGGAAAAUCAUAGAAAAAGUAUUGGACAGGGCCGGAUGAGAUGGACAAGAAAGGGGAGUUUACUGACAUUUCUUUCCGAUUUUAUUGUUUUGCCCUUGUUUCCUUUCUUGUUGCAUGGGUCUGCAUAUUUUUUUUCAACCUCCUCCCUCGUACGCCUCACCCUCUCUUACUCUAGUUCACAUUGCAUAUUCACUUUUGGUUUCCCAGCUAUCACUAUCGUUAAUGGGAGAAGUAGCGGAACAAUAAGCGUAGGAAGCCUGGCUUUAGAUACCCGAUCAGUUUCCCCCUCUCUUAUUUCUUUGUCUAUUGCAUAUUAAAGGGAGUUGAGAAGGACGGACUUAGCCAAGAGGGUGAGACAUACAGUCAUGAUGCUUUUUUUUUUUUCGUUUUGAUUGACCCCCCUUCCUUCCCCUUACCUGUGGUUUGGUAUUACAGCAUCCUCGACCGUUGGGUUUUUGCCGCCGAUGCC